CGUGCACGCAAACCGUCAUAAUGCAUGAUCGAUUGGACGACCGCCGAGAUAAUAAUUCGGAAAUAGAAAAUAAAGAUUAUCAGAAAGAUAUUCGAUACGCUCUACAAUUAUGUCGUUGGGUUAUCAAACCGAUUGGUAUCUGGCCGUUAAUAUACGAUGGUGUAACGAAAAGGGAAAUAAUUAUUUCGAUCGUUCUCGGUUUCGCUUGCAUUUCCUGUCUGUGCUUUGUUCUUAUACCGUCCGGUCUCCAUACAUUGAUUUACGAAAAGAAUAUAAACAUUAAAUUGAAACUUUUCGGACCUGUUGGCUUUUGUCUCACAUCAACAAUAAAAUAUUGCUACCUUGGUAUAAAAGGAAAAGCCAUUGGUCGUUGUAUCGGCUACAUGGAUAAAGAUUGGAGGCAUGUACGAGAUAAAGAUUAUCGAAGGAUCAUGAUUAAACACGCUACGGUAGGUCGCAAUCUUACCAUUCUUUGCGCUAGUUUUCUUUACAGCGGUGGCAUGUCCUACCACACUAUCAUGCCGUUGUUUUCGCGCAAGAGGAUCGAUGAAAAUCAUACCAUCAGACCUUUGACCUAUCCGGGAUAUGAUCACUUUUUUGAAUCGCAAGCUAGUCCGACCUACGAGAUCAUCUUUUUUACACACUGCAUAUACGCCUUGAUCACAUACAAUAUCACUACGGCGACCUGUAGCUUGGCGGCCAUUUUUGUCAGCCAUGUUUGCGGUCAAGUGCAAAUUAUUAUAUCUCGGUUGGACGAUCUCGUCGAUGGUAAAAGAAGCAAAAACACCGUAGUGGCGGAUCGUCUAGCAGUGAUUAUUCAGGAUCACGUAAAGGUGCUUAGAUUUUCAGAACAAGUCGAAAAAGUUCUACGCGAAGUAUGUUUAAUGGAAUUAGUCGCCUCCACCUUGAUUAUAUGUCUACUUCAAUAUUAUUGCAUGACGGAAUGGUCUAAUAACGAUGCUGUUGCCAUUUUCACGUACUUUAUCCUCCUAGUUUCUUUCACUUUUAAUAUUUUUAUCUUUUGCUACAUCGGUGAGCUGCUCGUUAAUGAGUGCAGAAAAAUUGGUGCAGCCUCCUAUAACAUCGAAUGGUAUCGUCUAUCUGCAAAUAAAGGUUUAGACCUUGUUUUAUUGAUAGCGAUAGCGAAUUAUCCGCCAAAAAUUACUGCUGGAAAGAUAUUCGAGUUGUCAUUUGCGACUUUCGGUCGUGUUCUAAAAUCGUCGGUCGUAUAUCUGAACUUAAUCCAAGCAGUAGCAGAAUGAAUUGAGAAUAUUUUAUAUAUAAUUAGAUGUAAAAAUGUAUAUCGAAUUUGUAAAAUCAAAAAAAGUACAACUUACCUAUUUAUUAAUGAUUAAAAUAGUUUUUGCAUCUAAACGUUGAAUUAAACGAAGGAGAUUGAUCAAAAAAUAUCCGUUCAUUCUUCACGUUCCUUAUGCAUCCGGUUUGAUUAAAAAACCUUUGGAAAGAAAGUUUUAUUACACGCACACACAAACCUAUAGUAUACGUUCGAUAGAUUAAGUCACUCAUGAUACCAUGUGUAUCGUCGAAGAAUAGUCACGCUUGCGCAUUUCUUUCAAUCGAACUAUUCCUAUUCCUUCGCAUCAUCCUUACGCGAUCAAACUCGCGCCGAGUUUUACGUUCAGUCAAGCUCACGCUCUCGA